CACCAUCCAGGACCAGCUCUCCCAGCCCCUGGAUCUUCUAAUGGGCCCCACAAGGUGACAGUGCUGACCACAAUGCUGCCAGGCCGGUGGUGGCCAACCACUUGGGGGAGCCUAGGGCUAGGAUCAGGAGGCCCUUCUCGGGGGUCCCAGCUCUGUGCCCUCUAUGCCUUCACUUACACUGGUGCAGAUGGUCAGCAAGUGUCUCUGGCUGAAGGGGACAGGUUCCUUCUGCUUCGAAAGACCAACUCAGACUGGUGGCUGGCUAGGCGCCUGGGAGCACCCUCCAACUCUCGACCCAUCUUUGUCCCAGCUGCCUAUGUGACAGAGGAAUCUACACCUUCUAAGGGCCCAGCUACCAUCAUCCCCAACCGAUCCUGCUGGACUCCUGGGUCAAAAUUGUUUCACGGCUCCCUGGAGGAGCUGCACCUGUCUCAGGCACCUCCAAACAGAGUUCAGGCUAUGUCUAAGGAGCCUCCUCCUCUUCCCCAGAAAGUCUGUAGAAGUGUCAGUGUUGCCAAUUUGAGGCCCAGCCUCCUGAAGCCCCUUCAGGAAGGACCAACUGGAAGGUCUCUCUCCCAGGGAGACUUGCUGACAGAGGCCAUUGCCAACAUGGCAGAACCCCAGCCCCUCAUGUCAGAGCCCCCCGUGUACUGUAACUUGGUGGACCUUCGCCGCUGCCCCCGGUCCCCGCCCCCCAGCCCUGCAUGCCCUCCCUUGCAGAGACUGGAUGCCUGGGAGCAGCACCUGGAUCCCAGCUCUGGACGCUGCUUCUACAUAAAUUCGCUGACUGGCUGCAAGUCCUGGAAGCCCCCUCGCCUCACUCGCUCCCGAGAGACGAACCUUGGCUCCAUGGAGGCAACACAGACCCUCAAUAGGAACAGUGAUCUGCAGCCUCAGGCAAAGGGCUCAGGAUCUGAUACUGGGAACCCAGAAUUGCGUGACCCCCAGGGCUCACCCUGCUUCAGCCAUGGAACCUCCCAGCUCCACACCCCAGACCAGCUCCCAGCCUUGCAGUCCUGUCGACCUCUGCCACAACUUCUGGACGACCCCCAUGAGGUGGAAAAGUCAGGCCUGCUCAACAUGACCAAGAUUGCCCAAGGGGGGCGUAAACUCAGGAAGAGCUGGGCCCCAUCUUGGGUGGUGUUAGCUGGUAACAGCUUGGUGUUCUACCGGGACCCACCGCCGACUGCGCCCUCAUCGGGCUGGGGGCCAGCGGGCAGCCGACCUGAAAGCAGCGUGGACCUUCGCGGGGCAGCCUUGGCCCACGGCCGCCACCUGUCCAGCCGCCGCAACGUCCUGCACAUCCGCACGGUCCCGGGACACGAGUUCCUGCUGCAGUCGGACCAGGAGACCGAGCUGCGAGCCUGGCACCUCGCGCUGCGGGCGGUCAUUGACCGGCUGGAUCGGGAGAACCCCUUGGAGCUGCGCCAGUCGGGCUCCGGGCCGGCGGAAUUGGGGGAGCUCAGUGCCGGGGAGGAUGAGGAAGAAGAGGAGCCCGAGCCCUUGCUCAAGCCGCUGCUGCGGCUCGGCAGCCGCCGGAGCUCCAGUCGGUGUCCGGAAGGAAACGAGCAGAACCGAGUGAGGAGCAAACUAAAGCGGCUUAUUGCAAAGAGGCCACCAUUGCAAAGUCUGCAGGAGCGGGGGCUGCUCCGAGACCAGGUGUUCGGCUGCCAGUUGGAAUCACUGUGCCAGCGGGAAGGGGACACCGUGCCCAGUUUUGUACGGCUUUGCAUUGCUGCUGUGGAUAAGAGAGGUCUAGAUGUGGAUGGGAUUUACCGAGUGAGCGGGAACUUGGCGGUGGUCCAGAAACUGCGCUUCCUAGUGGACAGAGAGCGGGCAAUUACUUCUGAUGGGAGAUACGUGUUCCCAGAACAGCCAGGACAAGAAGGACGAUUAGACUUGGACAGUGCUGAAUGGGAGGACAUUCAUGUGGUCACUGGAGCCCUGAAGCUUUUUCUCAGGGAGCUGCCCCAGCCUCUGGUGCCCCCACUGCUGCUGCCCCAUUUCCGUGCUGCCCUUGCCCUCUUGGAAUCAAAGCAACGCCUCUCCCAAAUACAAGAAUUAAUAGGCUCAAUGCCAAAGCCCAACCAUGACACUCUGCGGUACCUCCUGGAUCAUUUAUGCAGGGUAAUAGCACACUCAGAUAAGAACCGAAUGACUCCCCACAACCUGGGAAUUGUGUUUGGACCCACCUUAUUUCGGCCAGAGCAGGAGACAUCUGACCUAGCAGCCCACGCUCUCUACCCUGGGCAGCUAGUCCAGCUGAUGCUCACCGAGUUCAACAACCUCUUCCCUUGA